GGCCUAGAAACGUGCCAAAGCGUUCUCCGAUGCGUUCACGAAGGAUCUCCAGAGAGGUUACCACCUCCUUUCCAUCUUGGACACAACAGUAGCUCUCUCUCUCUCUCUCUCUCUCCUUCUCUCUUUCUCUCUUUCUCUUAUUUUCUUUCUUCGUUUGGGGCAUCGUCGACAACGAUGGUAAAUGGCCCAUGGAGAGGCUCCGCGCCUCCAGUUGGAAACGGGAGCACGCCACGUGAAAGUAGGAAGGGGAGGCUAUAGCCGGACCGACGUCGCUUCGUGCGCUUCAGUCGUUCGUGGACCUCGAAGGACGAUAGAGGUCGAAGAGGACAUUUCCUCCUUUUCCUUCCUGACUGGAUUCAUAGUCCUUCUUCUACAAGAGAAGAGGACGAAGAGGAAGAAGAGGAAGAAGAACAAGGAAGGAUCUUCUUCUAUCUAUCCUUCUCAUCUUCUUAUUCAAGUUGCAAUUCUCCUAGGACGUCUCUCUUCAAAUUUCAUCGAUUUCCUCGGGGUCAUCGUUAAUUUUUGUUUUUUUUUUUCUUAAAACGUCAGAAAGAUCAAAAGGGAAGGAAGGAUGCGUCGACAGGUCUACCUCGUCGUUGGAGUCAUCUUCUUGGGCUAUCUUCAAGAUUAUGUGUCCGGCGCGUGUCCCCGGAUAUGCCCACCAAGUGGGGAACCGGUAUGCGGUAGCGACGGUAUCAUAUAUGCUUCCCAGUGUGAAAUGCGGAAGAAGAUGUGUGGAAAGGGCGUGACGGUAGCAACAGAAAAAACCGCUUGCCUAAGAUCAUCUGGUAGCAAGUGCGAGCAUCGUUGUUCCGGAGAUCAAGAUCCGGUAUGCGGUACCGACGGUCGAACUUAUCUCAACAAGUGCAUGCUCAGAGUAGAAAUCUGCAGGGUGGGAAUCGAGCUCUCUCAUCUUGGACCGUGCAACAAUAUUUCUGCACACAGAGAAAACUGUCCGGUUUCGUGUGACUUUGCACCACUCGAUGGUCCUGUAUGCGGUAGCGACGGCAACGUUUACAAGUCCACAUGUCAAAUGAAGCUACUCACUUGCGGGCAAGGAGUCGUGCGUACGAACAAGAAACAUUGUCAGACCACAAGACAUUGUCGUGAAUCGUGCUGGCGUGGUGCAAAGCCAGCCUGUGGUAGCGACGGUAUCCUCUAUGCGAACACCUGCAAAAUGCGAGCUAAGAAUUGCGGAAAGCACGUGUUCGAGGUGCCAAUGUCAUUCUGUGUGUCGCGAGAACGAACAUCCGGAAGUCAGUUGAACGCGUGUCCACUCGACUGUAGGCACGAGCCGGAAGUGCCGACCUGUGGAUCAGACGGAAAUAUCUAUAGGAAUGAAUGCGAAAUGCAAAUGCUCAACUGCGGGCAAGCUAGAAGGAAAGUGACCGUGGUGGACUUCGAGAAGUGUCGGCCACGUUUAACCAAGUGCAUGAAGCAACAGCAACGAUGUGGAAACGAAGUAGAUCCGGUCUGUGGAAGCGACGCAAGUACAUAUCCAAAUCAAUGUCACCUGAACGUGGCGAUCUGUCUAAAAGGUAUUCAAUUGGCUCACGUCGGAGAAUGUACAACCUUGAAAGAAACUGAAGAGUGUCCUGAUGAUUGCAACGAAGUGCCAGAGGAACCUGUUUGUGGAAGCGACGGCAACGUUUAUCGCUCGCUAUGUCAUCUUCGCCACGAAACAUGCGGUCAGAGGGUAGUUCAGGUUCCUGCUCAGCAUUGUCGUACUACAGCGCUUUGUAAUCAAAUCUGUAGUGGAGAACGUCAAUUCGUUUGUGGUUCGGAUAACAAGCUUUAUCGUAACGAGUGCGAAAUGAAAAGGGACAAUUGCGGAAAACAUGUGUACGUGGUACCAAUGAAACGAUGCGUUCAAGGUUUCUUGUUCCGUGGUUGUCAAAAGAUCUGCCCACCAUAUUACGAUCCAGUUUGUGGUACCGACGCAAUGACAUAUAGCAACGAAUGUUUCUUGGAAAUAGAAAAUUGUCGUAGCAGAAGCCUCGUUUCUAAAAAGUAUCACGGCGUUUGUGGUCAGCCAACGGAAGAACCGAAAAAUUAUUUGUAUUAAUUCGACGAUCAAAAUGAUUCAAGGAAAAAAAA